AUGGUGGUCUCUAACUGGCUCAAUUCUUUGUUCCACACCAACCACAGCGAGUUCCUGGCACACGGGGCCCCUUGCGAAGUGAACAUCGACAGCAAGACCCUGGACUGGACGGUGAACAUGCUGAAGUCCCACACGAACCCGCCGCGGAUCAUCUUCAACAAAGCUCAAAUGCACGUCUUUCACCUGCUCACGAAAGACUGCUACCCGAGGUUCGUGCGUUCCGAGUACUACAAGAACCUCUUGGCUGCUGCUCAACAAGCCGGCCAGCGUCGCAGAAUGUUCGGAUUCGGCCCGUCUUCCAAAAAGAAAACGUCCGGAGUGGACGGCGGCGGCAGCAGCAGCAGCAGCGGUGGCCCAGGAGGAAGCAGCGGAGGCGGCGUUGGUGGGUCUUUAUCAGCCGGAGGAAGCAGCGGCGCCGGUGCCGCCGCCGCUGCCGCCGCCGGCACCUCAUCAUCCGCCGUCACAUCCUCAGCAGCAUCCGCCGGACUCUCGCGCAAUUCAAGCGACAAGACGCUCAAGGGCUCGGCAGUGGCGGCCUCGUCGAGCGCCGCGGGCAUCGGCUGCAUCGCGUCCAUCAUCGAGCAGGACAGGCGCCUGUCCCACUCCCACAGCACCUCUGAUCUCCGGAAAAUCGAUGCCUCCGCGUCUCUGGGCAGCGACGACGUGUGUCCGUGGGACGAAACGGCGUUGUCGGCGCCGCCGCCACCGCCGCCGCCAGCAGCGGCUCAUCCGACGGAUGGGAAUGUUAAGAAGCCGCCCGUGCUGCGUGCACUGACUACCGACGCGACGGCGGCGGACAAACGGCCGCCGGCCGUCCAGCUGUCCCGCAGCACGGACGUGUGUCCCUGGGACGAUUCCCAGCCUGGCCCCACGCCGGGUUCCGCAGGACCCGCGCAGACGGAAGUGUGUCCGUGGGACACCCACGACGGCGACGGACAUUCGACGGCGACUCCGGCGACGACGGGGGCCGUCUACAGCGCGUCCUGCAUCGAAAUGCAGCACCUCGCCAGUGGCUCUGCUUCUCUGCCCAAGAGUGCCCAGUCGCCAUGUCAAGCACUGAGUAGAAUCAAUACCCCAGCCAAAGGAUCGCCAGGGAAAGACCCCUAUGCUGGUGGUGGUCAGGGCUGCGAUGUUUGUCCGUGGGACUCGUCCGGGUCGCCUGUCCCCACUGUCGAUGAUAAUGGUUAA